AUGGGUCCAAAGCAUAGUGCUUCUAAAAGAGCUCCCAAGAGGCAAAAGAAAGUGAAGACCUUACAAGAACAGGUCGAAUUAUUAGAUAUGCUUCGUGCAGCGAAGUCAGCUGCUGCGGUUGCUCGCCAUUACGGCGUCGCCAAGUCGACCACACCUGUACAAGCACUGGCAGAGAUGGACAAUCUGCAGAAAUGGCGGCUUAUCCUUCCCCGUGCUUUUGGUUUCAUGGCUUGGAUUCAGAAGAUGACUGUGAGCUGGACGGCAUUGCUCACUUUGUCGUAUUUUACAUAUUUGCUUUUGGGAGCUACAAUUUUUCAGCUGCUGGAGAGAGAGGCUGAAAGCAACAACCGGAACCACUUUCAGCUGGAGAAGCUAAACUUCCUGGCCAACUACACCUGUCUGGACCGACCAGCUUUGGAAAAGUUUGUUACGGUGAUACUGGAUGCUUGGGAAAAUGGGGUGAAUCCCUCUGGAAAUUCCACUAAUCCAAGCAACUGGGACUUCAGCAGUUCCUUUUUCUUUGCAGGGACAGUAGUUACUACUAUUGGUUACGGGAACCUUUCCCCCAGUACCAUGUCAGGACAGGUCUUCUGUGUAUUUUAUGCUCUGUUUGGGAUCCCUCUAAAUUUGGCCUUUCUCAACCACCUGAGUAAAUGCCUGACCCUUCACCUACAGCGCCUGGAGCGGGGCGUGAUCUCAGCCGUACCGCGGAAGAAAUUUGCUGAGGUCCUGGUGGUUGGGCUGUUCCUGAUAACUGGCAGUGUUCUAUUCCUGGUCAUCCCUCCUUUGACCUUCAGCUAUGUGGAAGGCUGGACGUACUGUGAAGCAUUCUACUAUGCUUUCAUAACGCUCAGCACCAUUGGGUUUGGAGACUAUGUAGUUGGUACUGACCCAGACAAACAGUACAUUACUGUGUACCGCAGCUUGGCAGGUGUCUGGAUAAUCUUUGGCCUGGUCUGGCUUGCCCUCAUUCUUAAUGUCGGCACCAAGGUCAUGGAAAAUAUUCUAGCUCUUAAAGAGCCUUCAACCAAUGUCACAGACGAGAUAAAACUUCCCUACAGAAGAAAAGAAGAGGAAGGCUGUCAGAAGGCUGUUCAGAGAGUCUAG